AUGGACACGUUUGAGACCCAGUGGAAAGUGAUACAGAACAAAGGAAUAGAUGUACUCAUCAACUUCCUAAUGAAAGGGGAAACCGCAUACCCGUCGGUCAUCGACAGAGAUGGGAGACCUAAGACUAUAUUGUUCUCAAAUGAAGAGUACUCUGAACUUUACACACUUGUGUAUAAGAUGAGCACACUGCAAAUGCAAGGUUAUGAAAUAUAUCGGAAGUAUGAGGAGACCGUUGACGCUUUCUUUCGCGACUGUAUGGCUCCGGCAUUGAAGGAAGCUGCCGCUUCAAAGGACCCCGCUUAUUACCUUAAGGUCUUGGCUGAUUGUUUGGAAAAACAAGGUGUAUUCGUAUCCUGGUUGCAUCAUAUAUUCUGCUGCUUGGAUCGGUUCCAUGUGAGUCUAAACGGCCUGGACAAUUUGCUUAAGUGCAGUUCGAAAAUCUGGGUGAAUGAGUAUAUGCUACCCGAGGUAGAAAUAAUAUUGCAGUCUAUUUCUACGGAAUUGGAACGUGAUCGAUUUGCUUCCCUGGAGGAAGCUGCGGGGGGACCAGGUUCAUCAACCAACGAAUCUCCGACCAACGAAUCUCCGACCAACGAAUCUUCCGCCGUUGUUGAUCUAGUAGAGUUGUCGCCGUCGAAUAAUGGUAGUGGCUGGACAUACAAGCCGGUGAUAGAUACUUCUGUAAUGAGGACCGUGAUUGGGGCAAUCGUUUCCUGGAGCGCAUUCACGAAUGAGCCCUUGAAUCGUUACCGCAAUACUAUUGCGGCUUCCAGCGAAAGGUUUUACAGGGAGCUGGCUAUCGCUAAGGUGGACGUCCUGACCUUCAAGGAUUAUCUGCAGUUGCUAAGAAAGAUAAUAGCUGAAGAGUCCUUGAGAACUGAGUGGCUACUAGGCGACGUGGGUCUGGAGAUACAGAGCAGCAUUACAGAUGUCUGUAUUAUAGCGCAAUUGCAAAAAUUGUUGAGCAAGCCUGAUGGUAUAUAUAGUAUGCUCGAGAAGGACGACUUGGAUAACUUGGCACUAUGCUAUCAACUCAUUAGCAGGUGCACUACAAAAGAGUUGGGUCUGAUGGCAAACGUGUUCGAAACAUUUUUGAAGGAUAAAGGAAUGUUGAUUUUAGAAAACAAGCUUGCGAAUAUCAAGAAUCCCGCCAUGAAAGCUAAAGGUAUUGAAAAAGCCACACCUGAUGCUGUACCUCCAUCAUUUAUGAAUCCUGAUGUCAGUGAUUUUCAUUUUAUCAAGUCGCUAAUAGAUUACCAUGUUAAGUACGCAGAAAAUCUAGCCAGCUGCUUCAAUAAUGACUUCCAGUUCAAAGUGAAAUUCAAAGAAGCAUUUAACCAUAUUAUGAACAAAAAUGUUGGUGGCGUGCAUAUGGCCUGCUAUAUAUGUACAGCGUGCGAUAAACUUGUUAGAAGACCACCUACUGGAUCUACGGGGCUCCCGGUUACUCAGCAAGGUGUCGUGGAUGUUUGUAAUCACAUUGUUGCUCUAUUUUCAUACAUUUCUGAUAAAGAUUUGUUUGCCGAAAUAUAUAGAACUCAAUUAUCGAAAAGGCUUUUGGGAGCUGAAGAACCUCCUAAUGAAACUGAAAGGUUGCUUAUUAGUACUUUCAAACAUGUGUGCGGUCAUUCAUAUUCCAGUAAAAUCGAAGGUAUGCUUCUUGAUGUCUCCAGUGGCAUGGGAUUCCGAGCGGAGUUCACGGAGUUUUUGAAGACACAAGUUAAGCAGGAUCUUGGAAUUCAUAAUACGCCCGACAAACUGAAAAAGUUGAUCUAUGAAAAGAUCGUCAUAAGCUCGAUACCAGGCAGCAAACCGGUUGAUACGAAAAUGGAUGAUACGAAAAUGGAUGAUACGAAAAUGGAUGAUACGAAAAUGGAUGAUACGAAAAUGGAUGAUACGAAAAUGGAUGAUACGAAAAUGGAUGAUAUCAAGUUGGAUGAUAUGAAUCAUAUAUCAGGGGACGAUGUAGAUAUAUCGGUCUUGAGUGAUCCUGACAGGUUGUGUUUCACUGUCCAGGUAUUAACAUCCGGACAUUGGCCGCAGACAACAGCUCUGAAUGUAAGGAUACCAGUUGUCAUACAGGUAGCUCAGGGUUACUUUAAGAGUUGGUAUAAUACUCAGACAGUGCAUCGAAAGCUGGUUUGGAAUAACUCCAUCAGCCAGGCGAUUUUGCAGGCGACCUUUGACCGGCAUUAUUUGAUAGUGUGUUCCGCUGCUCAGGCUGGUUUACUUUUGUGUUUUAAUGACGGUAAAACGAAGUCUGCUGAGCAAUUAUCGGAUAUCUUAGGAAUGGAUUCGUUGAACACGCGAAAAUAUUUAAAGUCCCUUUAUACAAGGUUCGCCCUGAUAGAAAAGGUAGAGGAAGAUAUAUACAGAGUGGCCAAAUUUACGUCCCAAAUUAGACGAUUCAAACUACCUCUACCUAUAGAUACUGAUACCUCUCACAAACCCUCGGUGCAAGAGGAUAGAAGCCACAGCAUUCAAGCGUGUUUAACACGAAUCAUGAAAGCGCGGAAAGAAUUUCCUCACCAGCAACUCGUCGCCGAAUGUGUUAGCCAACUAUCAAUGUUCCAUCCUUCCGUCAAACAAAUCAAGGAAAAUAUUGAAGUACUGAUUGAAAAAGAUAUAAUCGCUCGUGACGACAAAGACCCUCAAAUAUACCUGUACUCGGCAUAA